AGAACACACAGAGUGAUGCUUGCUUCUCAGUGUAACUUCCUCACUGAGUAGUACACGGGCUGACUUCUGCCUGCCUCCGGCUCUUGCUCCCUGAAACCCAGCGCCAUGCAGGUACAGGACGCGCCCCGGUGGCCCUCAGCCGUGCAGUUGUUCAGCUCCUUUCUCCAGGGCCGCCGGCAUUCCACCUCAGACCCAGUAGUGCGGCUGCAGCAGGCCCAGCGAAGCUCUGGCUGUGGCUCUGCCACCAAACUGCUGUCCUCGUCCUCUCUCCAAGUGAUGGUGGCUGUUUCUACAGUCAGCUGUGCAGAGGGGAGCCCAACUUUCCUUGGAAGAAAAAGAAAUUCAGAACGUCCAACACCCAAAUACACAAAAGUAGGAGAGCGCUUACGUCAUGUCAUUCCUGGACACAUGGCAUGUUCCAUGGCAUGUGGUGGUAGAGCGUGCAAGUAUGAAAACCCAGCCCGCUGGAGUGAGCAGGAGCAAGCCAUCAAGGGGGUUUACUCGUCCUGGGUCACUGAUAGUAUCCUGGCCAUGGCCCGCCCAUCUUCAGAGCUCCUGGAGAAGUACCACAUCAUUGAGCAGUUCCUCAGCCAUGGCAUAAAAACAAUAAUCAACCUCCAGCGCCCUGGUGAGCAUGCUAGCUGUGGGAAUCCUCUGGAACAAGAGAGUGGCUUUACAUACCUUCCAGAAGCUUUCAUGGAGGCUGGCAUUUAUUUCUACAAUUUUGGAUGGAAGGAUUAUGGCGUAGCAUCUCUUACCACCAUCCUGGAUAUGGUGAAGGUAAUGACAUUUGCCUUACAGGAAGGAAAAGUAGCUGUCCAUUGUCAUGCAGGACUUGGUCGAACAGGUGUUUUAAUAGCUUGCUACUUAGUUUUUGCAACAAGAAUGACUGCUGACCAAGCAAUUAUAUUUGUGCGGGCAAAGCGACCCAAUUCCAUACAGACCAGAGGACAGCUACUCUGUGUAAGGGAAUUUACUCAGUUUCUGACUCCUCUCCGCAAUAUAUUCUCUUGCUGUGAUCCCAAAGCACAUGCUGUCACCUUAGCACAAUAUCUAAUUCGCCAGCGUCAUCUGCUUCAUGGUUAUGAGGCACGACUUCUGAAACACAUACCAAAAAUUAUCCACCUUAUUUGCAAAUUGCUGCUGGACUUAGCUGAGAAUAGGCCAGUGAUAAUAAAGGACGUGUCUAAAGGACCUGGUCUCUCUGCUGAAAUUGAAAAGACCGUGUCUGAGAUGGUCACAAUGCGACUAGAUAAAGAGUUACUGAGGCAUGACAGUGACACAUCCGACUCCUUUAACCCUACUGCAGUAGCGGCAGAUUUUGAGAAUCGAGAUGUGAUUCUUUCCAGUGAGCAAGAGUUUGUCCCCCUUUGGAAGAGGCAGAAUGUUGAGUGCCUUCAACCCCUGACUCAUCUGAAAAAGCAGCUCAGCUACAGUGAGUCAGAUUUAAAGAGGGCAGAGUCCCUCCUGGAGAAAGGGGAGACUCCCCGGAUGGUGCCUACCCAGGUCUUACUUGGUCACAACCCCAGGCAGCAGAAGCCCAUAAGCCACUAUGUCUCACAGUCUCCAGAGGUGGAUUUACAUAAGGAAGCCUUGGUUCGCAGCACAUUUUCUUUCUGGAGUCAGCCAAAGUUUGGAGACUUGGAAGGACUCAAAGAUAAUGGGUCACCAAUUUUCCAUGGAGGGAACAUUCCAAAGGAAACACAGCAGAAUGGGGCCUUCUCUACUGGUGUUUCAGGCUCACACAGUCCUGGGGAACCAGUUUUGCCCAACUGUUCAAAUGUCCAUAAGGAUGCAAACCCUUCUCACCAGCAAGCAUCUUACUGUCGAUGUGAAGCUCAUGGUAGUUGGGGCCCUGGCUCUGUCAAGAAGAAUGGCAGGGCUCCACGAAGCUCUCUGGACUGUGGCUCCAGUCUUAAAGCACAGCUCUCGGUUGGACAUGAAACCCAGAACAGCAAAGACUUGUCUGAAGCAGCUCCAUACCCUGUUUUUCAAUCUGAAUUGAAUGUUGAAGCAAGGAGAAUACUGGCAGCCAAAGCCCUGGCAAAUUUAAAUGAAUUUGUAGAAAAGGAAGAAGUGAAAAGGAAGGUGGAAAUGUGGCAGAAAGAACUGAAUUCCCAAGAUGGAGCUUGGGAAAGGAUAUGUGGCGAGAGGGACCCUUUCAUCCUGUGCAGUUUGAUGUGGUCUUGGGUGGAGCAGCUGAAGGAGCCUGUCAUCACCAAAGAGGAUGUGGCCAUGUUGGUUGAUAGACAAGCAGAUGCCACAGAAGCACUCUUUUUAUUAGAGAAGGGGCAGCACCAGACUAUUCUCUGCGUAUUGCACUGCGUAGUGAACCUGCAGACAAUUCCUGUGGAAGUGGAGGAAGCUUUCCUUGCCCACGCCAUUAAAGCUUUCACUAAGGUUAAUUUUGAUUCUGAAAAUGGACCAAUAGUUUACAACACCCUGAAGAAAAUAUUUAAGCACACGCUGGAGGAAAAAAGAAAAAUGACAAAAGAUGGCCCUAACCCUGGCCUCUAUUGAAGCUGACUUUCCCUCACAAUGAAGAUUUCACACCUACAGAUCCAGAUAACAUCUCUGCUCAUAUGUGAAUAAGCUGAAGUCUGUGGAACUACUUUUCCUCAGAGUACUUUAUUUUGAACAUUGUUGGUCUGUGCUGAGAAUGAUUGUUGCUGUUUGGAGCAAUUAUUUAUUUUAAAAUACCCUUGAGCUACAUUUUUGUUUUGAAAACUUGCCAUAAAGUUGGUGCCACUUUCUUUUAUUUAUUUGACUGAAUUAAUAUUGUUGUAUUAACAUUUUAAAUAUGUGGUGUUUACAUCCUUAUUCUUUUUGAUGUUUUUUGGGAAAAUGUUGCAACUCAUCUUUCCAAAGCAGUCUUUUUUUGACAGAACUCUUUCUAGAGUUUUUACCAAAUAGAUAACUUUAGUAGUAAAACCUCACUGUGUGUCUAUCCCCCAACACACGCCCUAAGAAAGUCACCAAGUGUCUUAAGCUGUUUUGUAUUUGUUACUAAGAAGGCUAUUAAUGCAACAUUUUUUUAAGAUUUUUUUUAAACUUUGAAAUUUUUUGUUUUUCCUUUUAUUUUUAUAAAUGUGACAGAGAAUUUCAAAGUGUAUUAUUUUCCAGAGUGAUUUAGAUUUGCUUUAAUGGAGUGACUGAAGUGGUUAGGGUUUUUUUACUUGCGGAAAGUAGAUUUACUCUUUGUCAGAUUCCAGACAACCUCACCAGCCUUGGCUGUCACAAGGAGGCAGGAGCUGUUCUCAACACACCAAGCCUUAUUCCCACUGCCUUGGGUUGCUGCUGAGCCAAAUAGUGUCUUUAAAGAGGAAGCAGGAUCAGAGGCAAGUGGUGUGGGAAGUUGCUAAGAAACAGGGCUUGCCUCUGUCCUCCCAGGGACUCCACGGGAGAGGCUCACAGGCUGGGGGCUUCGUGCCAGCCCUGUGCUCUCCAGGGGGCGUGUGUUGCUACUCUGCAGAGGCCAUGCUUAGAGCUGGAAGAAGUCAGGACUGGGCGACUGUGCGAAUGGUGAUUCGCAUGAGCAGCCUGGCCCUGGCCCCACAUUCCCACAUUUGCCACUUAGUAGACCCACUUGCCUCAGGGCUCUGUCUUUGGCUCCUUUUUUAUUAUGAGAAUUGAGAUUUGUAAUGGUAGUUGGCACAUGCAAGUUGCAUUUGCCCUUCCUGGCCUUAUGUAAAGAGUGUCUGCCUAAACUGUCAAUUAGCAAUUGAAGCCAUACCUUUUAUUUAAAUUAAUACGUGGGGAUGCCAGAGGCCAAGCCACGGAGAGGACAGUAGUUUUUUCCAAAAAAAGUAAUAGUAAUCAGACCAAUUUCAAACUUAAAAAGCUACUACUUAAAGAUGGAAGUUCAGGGAAAGCAAGUCUAAUUUAGAACAUGAAAUUUCUCCAACUCCUACAUUUCUGGAUUAAACUCUAGCACAUCAAAAAUAUUUUAGUCAUUAUCAGUCUCACUAACUCUAAUGGCAAACACUAAAUGCAAUGUUCUUUCACACUGUUUCCAUUUUCUUGGAACUCAAGUUCAAUGGAUUUUAAUAAACUGGGCUGCCCACUCCAGAAAUGUCUUAAUUUCAAGUGCCUGCCUGGGAAAGAAGGGGAGGAAACAAUUGCAUUGUGUCCAAAGGUACGUUAUAAAAAUAGGGUUUUUACUAAAAAAGAUGUUUGUUCUUAUCUCUGUCAGCCUCACGUGUGCAAGUGACAUCACAGCUCUUUUGACAAGUGUGCUGUUUGGCCACGUAUCUAAAACACUGGUUGCAAUGUAGAGAACUAUAAGUCUAAGCACACUAGCCUGAAAAAGAGAUGUGAUGGGGAACUUAAUCAGGCUAUGUACAAAUAUUGUAUUUAUUUAAAUAAAAGCGAAAAGAACAACCCAUAA